CACUGUUGGCUUUUUGGGCCAGAGAGAAUAUCUGAGCUCCCUCCACACUGGCCUAAACACAUCCAUCUAGUGAGCAGAGUCUGUCAGCUGACUUCUACAUCUGUUUGGACCAUGAUAUGGAUGCGAUCACUUGUUGCUUGUUUUCUCUUUCAUCUGGCUCUUUCUCAGUCUCCAAAAGUGCAGUAUGUUCUGCUGGUUCCUUCUGUUCUACAAGAAAGCUCUUUGGAUAAAGUUUGUGCCCAGCUUUUCAAUCUGACUGAAUCUGUUGUUUUGACUGUCUCCCUCAACUAUGGUGAGGUCCUAACCAAAAUAUUUGAAGAGAAUGUUACAGGAGAAAAUUUCUUCAAAUGUACCAACUUUGAGGUUCCUCGGGCAGCAUCGGACCCACUAGCUUUCAUCACAUUCUCCGCUGAAGGAGCCACCGUCCACAUGGAAGAGACCAGGUCUGUGGCAAUCAGGCCCAAGGAGAAUGUGGUCUUCGUGCAGACAGACAAACCCAUCUACAAGCCUGCACAGGACGUGUUGUUUCGAAUUGUGUCUCUGGAUGAUGAUUUGAAGCCUGUUGAGGAAGAGUAUCCAGUGAUCACCCUCAAGGACCCACACGGUAAUCACAUCCAACGGUGGGUGGACCAGAAGUCUGAGACCGGCAUCCUGCAGCAGUCCUUCCAGUUGAUCCCUGAGCCCAUCCUGGGCUGGUACACAAUAACUGUGGAGAUGGCGUCUAAAAAGAAAGCUUUUCACUCCUUCUCGGUGGAAGAAUAUGUGCUACCCAAAUUUCAACUGACUGUGGAUGCACCAGACACUAUCUUAGUUGUGGACUCUGAAUUCAAAGUUAACGUCUGCUCCUCGUACACCUAUGGCAAACCUGUGGAGGGCAACGUUCACCUCAGAGUGUGCAGAGAAUCUACUUUUUCUGGUGAUCGUAUACAUCUCAAUUCAAUCUGUAAAAAUUUUACUAUUCAGCUGGGGAAAGAUGGCUGCAUGUCCCAGUUUAUUAACACAGACGCUUUUGAGCUCAAUCGGGAAGGGUACCUGAAUUACCUUGAAGUACAAGCUCUUGUCACAGAAAGUGGAACAGGUGUCGAGCUCACAAAAAAUAGCUACAUAUUCAUAGACACAUCAAUGGUGAAGAUGAGUUUUGAGAAUAUGGAUCCAUUCUAUAAACAAGGACUCCCUUACUCAGGCCAAAUUAAAUUGCUUCAUCCUGAUGACUCUCCCAUUCCAAAUGAAGUUAUCCAGUUGCACUUAAAGGACAAAAUUGUGGGCAACUACACAACAGAUACACGUGGCAUUGCUCAGUUCUCCCUGGACACAUCUAAGUUCACGUACCCUAACAUUACCUUGAAGGCCACAUACAAGGCCAAUGAGAACUGCCAGGCACGUGGCUGGGUGUUGCCUGAGUACCCUAAACCAGAGUACUUUGUAAGCCGAUUUUACUCCAGGACUAAUAGCUUCCUAAAGAUUGUCCCCGAGAGGGAAGAACUGAGAUGCAACCAACAGAAGCAAGUGACAGUGCACUACCUUCUCAACACGGAAGACCUGGAAGAUAAAACCUACACAGUGAGCUUCAAUUACUUGGUGAUUUCAAAAGGUGUAAUUGUUCUUCAUGGGCAACAGAAAAUUGAGAUCAAGAAUGAUGCUACGAAGGGCGUAUUUUCCAUUCCUGUAGAGUUUAGCUUCGAGUUGGCGCCCUCUGCAGUUAUGUUGGUUUACGGCUUGCAUCCUGGAGGAGAAUUGGUCGCAGACACCACCAGAUUCCAAAUUGAGAAGUGCUUCAAAAAUGAGGUCAACUUAAAUUUUUCUAAAGAAAGAAGCUCCCCAGGAUCCAGCGUCAGUCUGCGGGUCUCGGCUGCUUCGAAUUCUCUCUGUGCUCUCCUGGCUCUCGAUCAAAGUGUGCUGCUACUGAGGGGUCACGGUCAGCUGUCGGCAGACAGUGUAUAUAAUCAGCUAUAUUACAAGAAUCUAUAUGGCUAUUAUUUCAGAGGACUUGACUUAGAAGAUGGCCACAAAGAGCCAUGUCUCAAAAAUGAACAGGUCCUCUAUAAAGGAAUUUAUUACACACCUACAUGGGCUAACUUUGGAGAUGAUGCCUAUGACCUUGUGAAGGCAAUGGGACUAAAGGUUUUCACCAACUCUCAUCUCCGGAAGCCAGUGCUGUGCAAGGAUCUCAAAUAUCAGAAAUUCUAUGAGGAAGAUGCUUCGGGUGGGUUUGCUGAAUCCUCAGGCCUAUUUUCAGGUUCAGCUUCUCAAGCUCAGGGUGGAUAUGUUCAAGAUACUCUGAGGAAAUCAUUCCCUGAAACCUGGAUUUGGAAUCUUAUCACAACUGACUCCACAGGAGUCGCCAACCUGAGUCUUACUGUCCCCGAUUCCAUCACGCAAUGGAAGGCCAGUGGAUUCUGCAUGAAUGACCAAGUUGGAUUUGGCCUCUCCCCGACCGUCUCCCUGGCAGCCUUUCUGCCCUUCUUUGUGGAAGUCACUUUACCUUACUCUGUGGUUCAAGGAGAAAUAUUCGUUCUGAAAGCCAGUGUCUUCAACUAUCUCAACAGAAGUGUUCAGAUUAAUACUGAACUGAAAUCAUCUAAUCUGUAUGAAGCCAGGUUUCUCUCAAUUAAUGAUGAAAAUGAUUAUACAAGGAGCAAUGAGAAAAAGUCUUUUACUUGGCUGGUUACCCCACAUAAGCUGGGUGUAAUCAACAUCACUGUUACAUCUAAAACCCUGCAGAAUAGUGGUUAUGGGCAUGGGUCAUCCCUGGCUCAGGACAUUGGCUGGAGGGAUACACUGAUCAAACCAUUGUUGGUAGAGCCCGAAGGUAUUAAAAAGGAGAUGACACAGGGCUUGCUUAUUUGCACCAAUGGAUCCACAGUGUCUCAACGAGUAGAGCUCACUUUACCAGAAAAUCUGGUAAAAGACUCCCUCAGGGCCUACUGGACUGUUCUUGGAGACAUUCUUGGUUCUGCCAUGCAAAACUUACAGGAUUUCCUCCAAAUGCCUUUUGGUUGUGGGGAGCAAAAUAUGGCCCUGUUCGCUUCCAAUAUUUACAUCUUGGACUAUCUGAAUCAGACUCAGCAACUGACAGAAGAGAUAAAAUCCAAGGCCCUUGGGUACCUGACCACAGGAUAUCAGAAGCAGAUGUCUUAUAAACACCAAGAUGGAUCAUAUAGUACCUUUGGACAUAAUGAUGAGCAGAAAAAUAUAUGGCUGACAGCAUUUGUGUACAAGUCGUUUGCACAAGCCAGGCGCUACAUUUAUAUUGAUGACAAAGUACAGUCCCAGACCCUUAUUUGGCUCCUAAGUGUUCAGAAAUCGGAUGGUUGCUUUUCAAAUUCUGGCAAUGUCUUCAACAAUGCUUUGAAGGGAGAAGAUGAUAAUGACAUCUCUCUCACUGCCUAUGUUGUUAAUGCCCUGCUUGAAGCCGGUCACCCAGUCUCAUUUGUGGCGGUUCAAAAGGGUCUUCGAUGCAUAGAAGCUGCAUCUCAGAAGAGCACUUUGACCACUUAUGACCAGGCUCUCUUGACCCACACUUUCAGCUUAGUAGACAAUAAGGACAAAAGGGAAUUCUUCUUCAACGAACUGAGCAAAAAGGCCAAGAAAGUAGGUGGCUCAGUGUACUGGGAACUGAAAGGGCCAUCCUCUCCCUAUGACCUCUGGGCAUCCUCUGCAAGCAUAGAAGUGACCAGUUACAUCCUGCUGGCUUUCCUUUCUAAGCCAGGGCUGACCUCGGAAGAGCUGUCCUAUGCUUCACAGAUUGUACAAUGGGUGGCAAAGCAGCAAAACUCACGUGGAGGUUUCUCCUCCACAAAGGACACCGUUGUGGCUCUCCAAGCUCUGACGCUAUUCCAAACACUCACGUUUUCUAAAAACAGACAAAAUUUGGUGCAGAUUUUCUCUGGCAGAACAUUCAAUAGGUCCUUCCUAGUGAAUGAUGAGAACCGCUUGGUACCACUGGAAAUUUUAAUGCCAACACCUUCGAGACAGUUCGCGGUAAGAGUGAGUGGCAACGGCUGCGUAUAUGUGCAGAAAACUCUGAAAUAUAACAUCCUACUGCCCAAGAAGUCGUCUGGAUUUUCCCUUUCUGUGAAUACAGCCAAUGCCUUCUGCAGAGGAUUGUUUGAUACAAAGUUUGACCUUGUUGUUUCAGCCAGUUAUUCUGGAAAACGCAAUUCUUCCAACAUGGCCAUCAUUGAUGUGAAGAUGCUUUCAGGAUAUGUUCCUGACAGAUCAUCAGUAAAGAAGCUUCAAGAAGAUGGCAAAGUACAGCGAGUAGAGAUUAAAGCCACUCACAUCUUUUUCUAUCUACAGAAUGUUACUCGAAAGGAAAUCCAUUUCUCAUUCUCCAUUGAACAAGAUACAUUUGUAUCCAACAACAAGCCUGCCUCCAUUCAGCUCUAUGAUUACUAUGCAACUGAUGAAUUUGCAGUUGCAGAAUACAAUACACCGUGCAAUCAGAUAUCCUCUGAAGCUGUCUAGAUCUGGGAUAAGGAAAAUGAAGUGGAAAAGAAGACGGCACUUUGGAACUGAGCUAUAUAGCAAGUGACUCUUCCCACUGUCUCAACAAAAGCAAAGAUUCAGAAUCUCCAGAAUGCUCACACAUUGGAGCUCUCCCACCAAUAGCGUCCCACCCUCAAGCACACCACCCCCAACCUGAGGCUAUCUUCAGGAGCACCCUCCCUGCAGCCCCAGUAGCCAGCUUCACUUGUAAGGAGGCACAGUGGGAAGUGCAGGGUUCAUGGGCCCAAGAGCAAAGUUCAACCUAUGAAGACUGGAGCCACUAGAGGUAUACUCCUGCCUCAGCUUGCAGUCAGAGAGCUCUGGGGAGCACUCUAGAUGUCUCUCAUGAUGUUCCCUGGAAAUCAGACUCCCACUGUCUCCUAGAACAGCCUCAGUAAUCCUUAAAUUAGGUUUUUUAUUUUCUUGCACUCUCACUUUCCUGCUCUUUCACUCUUGUUUCCUGAAAUGCAUGAUCUACUCCCAAGUCCUCACCUUGCUUUUUGCUUUCAGAGGAAGGACAACAUAUCACAUCAAUCACUGAAUAAAAAUUAAAUGUUUUGCUGAUCA